CUGAAAACUCAGAAACACAGCUAAUUUGACAGACAUCCAUGAGUUUUGACAACUUCAUGGGUGUGGCAGAUAAAACUAUGGUAGAAUGAAUCACAUGUGCCCCAGGAUAUUACUCCUCCACCCCAUCGUGGAAUGCAUACCAGCAUGCCAAAAAAGAAACCUGUUGUGCAGGAAAAGAAAUAUACCUAAGAGUGUGUUCAUGUGUGCAUAUGUUCAAAGUUGGGAGUGGUGAGACAGGUGGUUCCCUGACACUGCAAACCUCACCUGUGUAGGCAGCUUUUAGUAGUCGACUAGGAAGUUGUCUGGAGAGAGACAUAGAGACAUAGUUCAGUGCCAACUGAACAAACAGAGCACUCGGAGAGAAGGCAAUACAUGAACACGGCAUCAACACACAGCUGACUAUGAGUGAACACUUGAGAGGGAGCUACUACGGGUCCACGCCCCCAGAGCUGAGGCUUGUUCUUUUAGGGAACAUUGGAUGUGGCAAGACGUCAUCAGCAGACACUAUCCUGGGCCAGCUGUCCCCCGUCUCACCCUCUGCCUCCAGGAGCUGCCAGUUGCGACAGGGCCUCUCUGAGGGCAGAAACGUGACCCUGGUGGAGGCGCCGAGAUGGUACUGGAGCGGUGGCAAGAUGGAGGACAGUGUCAGGAAGGAGACAAAGAGAGCAACAACUCUGGUAGCACCAGGUGCUCAUGGUAUUUUGCUGCUGGUGCCAGUUAGCCAGUUCACAGAGAUGGAGGGUUGUGUUCCUGCAGAGCUGGAGAAGGUGUUUGGGGAGGAGGUGAUGGACCACACCUUGGUCCUGCUGACAUGUGGUGAUUACUUGAUGGGAAGAACAGUGGAGGAAUACCUGCAGAAAGAACACCCAGGCCUGAGGCAGAUCAUUGAGCGCUGUGGGGGGAGGUACCAUGUCAUCAAUAAUCGUCAGCGACAGGACAGGGAGCAGGUCCGUGAGCUGCUGGAGAAGGUGGACAAUAUGGUGCAGCAAAAUGGGGUAUACCACAUAAAAACAGUCCAGGAGAGAGAGCUGGAGAAACGAGUGAGAGAGAGAAAGCGAGAACUUAUGGAAAGUUUCAGAGCUCAAAAGGAAGAAAGAAGAGAGACGGCCGCAUCGAUGCACAUCCCAAACACAGAAACACAAAGGAGAGGAGAGGAGUACAGCGCCACCUUGGAGAGGAGGAGAAGACAAGAGAGGGAUGAGAUGGAAGGAAGAGUGGGUGUAAGUCAAGUGUCUAAUGGACUUCAUUCAGUUCCAGCACCAGAACAACAGUCAUAUUCAGAGACGCAUGGUGACAGCCAGAUGAAGAGGAUGCCCAGUUUCAGACUAAAUGAAGAUGGAGCUCUACUCUCACAAAUGUCUGAGGUUAAAUCAAGUCCAAAAAUUAUAACUACUUUUCAUCACAGAAUCAACAGCUUUGAAAAGCGAUCCCCUGAGGCGUCUCCAACUUCAUCUCCUGGUUCGCCCGUCUUCUCCUCCUCGCCCUCUUCACCAACCGUCGCUGCCUCUCCUUCCUCAUUCCCCUUUUCCACCUCGUCCCCCUCCUCAUCAACCUUUGCUGACGCCUCUACCUCCACAUUCCAUUCAUCCUCCUCAUCCUCUCCAGAGCUGCGUCUGGUGCUGCUCGGGCGAUCUGGAGCGGGGAAGAGUGCAGCUGGCAACAAAAUCCUGGGGCGGGAGGAGUUUGCGUCACACCCGGACAGCCUUACAGCCAUCACGCAGGCGUGUGAGAAAAAAAAAGCACUGGUUGAAGGAAGAAGGGUGGCGCUGGUGGAUACACCAGACUGGUUCAAUUCAGAGCAUACUCCAGAUGAGGUGCGAGCUCAUAUCUCCUCCUGUGUUGCUUUAUCCAGUCCUGGUCCUCACGCCUUCCUCCUGUGUGUCCCCUUAGACCAGCCUGCAAAGAUCGAGCUCCAGGCACUCAGAGCUCUUGAAACUGUUUUUGGCCCAGACGCUGUCCAGAGAUACACUCUGGUCCUCUUUACUCACGCAGAUCGGCUGAGGGCGAGUGGGAAGGCAGGCAACAACAGCAUGGAAGCAUACAUUGCCAGUCAGCGGGGGGAUUUGUUAAAACUUGUGGAGAAAUGCCGGGACAGGUUUCAUGUGAUUGAGAGUGGAGGAGGUGGGAGUAAGAGGGGAAAUGUGGCAGAGCUUCUGGAGAAGGUGGAGCAGACAGUGAAGGAGGCUGGAGGGCAGUGUUAUUCUUGUCCUGCUUUCCAGGAGGCAGAGAACCGAGUGAGGCAGAGACAGCUAGAGAUAGCAAAGGAGAAAAGAGGCAAAAAGCUAGAGCAAGAAAAACUAGGAGACGUUGGACAGCUCAGCUCUGAGAGGCGGGUACUCUACAUGCAGCCUGUGGCUGAGGCAGAAGAGGAAGUGAGAGAGGAUGAGAUUGAGAAAACAAGGGAUGAGGCAGAGAUGAAUGUAAGCACCAUGAAUCUUGAGAGCCUUCCUCCUAUUACUCUUUCGAACUUGUCCCCUUCACUCUUUCGUUCCCUUAUGGAGAAAAUGGAGUCUAGUGCAAAAAUGUUGCCCAAAGUGUUGGGAGAUAGCUCUGCGUGGGUCGGUGAGGGAGCAAAGAAGGUGAGGAGUAGUACAGUGUGGGGGAAAGUUGGCAGUGGAGCACAAAAUGUCCAGAAGAUGGUGGUUGAUAGUUCACUGUUGGGUAAGGUGGGAGCUACUGCUGGACAUAUGUCCAAACUAGUAGGAAAUAGAGUCCCCAAGGUGGUGGUGGAUGGUUCUGCAUGGGUGGGAUCUGGAGCAAAAGCAGCAGCAGCAAGUCCUAUGUGGGAAAAAGUCGGUUCAGGGGCCAAACUAGUGGCAGACAGAUCCAUGCGUGUUGGAGCUGGGAUCGGAGCCGGGGCAAAGAAUUUGGCGCAGAGUCCUAUGUGGGGAAAAGUAGGAUCUGGGGCCAAAUCCGGAGCUAAACUGGUGGCCAGCAGUUCUGUGCGAGUUGGAGCUGGAAUUGGUGCUGGUGCAAAGAAGGUGGCACAGAGUCCGGUGUGGGAGAAAGUGGGUUCUGGGGCCAAAGCAUCAGCCAAAAUGGUGGCUGAGAGCUCAGCGUGGGAGAAGAUGGCAACUACAGCUAAACAGGUGCCCAAGGUUGUCAUCAUGGGUGCAUUGCUGGGUCUGCUGCUUGGUGUGUUUUUGGGGGGUGUCAUCGGCGGAGCUGUUGGGGCAGCUGCUGGAUCUGCAGUAAGUGAAGUGGGCAGACGAAAACUCAGAAACAAAAAGACAGAUGAAGCUGCAAAAAACGUGGAGAAAACAGUGAACGACAGCUUGGACUCACUGGUAAAACAAGGAGAGAAAGCGCUGAAAACUGAAUGAAAGACUGAAUGGAGCAUGUUUAUAAAGUGUACAUGUAAAAUGUAAAAUCAUUUAUCCAUUGUGAAUUAGUACCAUCAGAAUGUAUAAUUCAAAAACUGUGGAAAACAGUUGUUACUUAUAUUUUGACAACUUGGUGAUCUUUAAACCACAGACACUUUUCUGUUAGUGUUUGUUUCUUUGUCUCGUCACAGAUAUGCAAAAUACUAAUGUGAGCUUGGUAAAGCUGUUUUUUAUAAACAAACAUCUUGAGAUGAUUCUGAGCUUCAGUUUCAUCCCAGUAUUUGCUUAAGUUUCAUUCCACUAGUUAAUGAAGGGGGGUGUUUGUGACUUUUUAAAAAUAAAGAUGAAUAUCACCUACACUCAGUUAAGUAGAUAUUAUAUGAAUAUGCUUCUAUAUUUGGGCAAAAUGAACUUGGAUUAACUUGGCUUAAUGGAUUUGUUUGGGCACAUGAAAAGUAUUUAGGUGCUUAUCUUAUAGAGUUCGCAAGGUGUGUCAAAUCACCCAGGAAAAUAAUAAUGCAAUUAUUGUAAAAUACUGUAAUGAUGCAGUUAUUGUUUUUGCUAAAUAUUUAACCAAGAAUGUAAUCUCCUACACAUCACUUAUUGUAAAUUUCAAGGUGAAUUUAAACUUUCUUUCAGCAAAUUAUAUAAUACAUUGUACAGCCAUUCCUCUAAUAUUUCUUCACUGCUUGAUUAAAAAAUGUUAUAACA